ACGCAAAGACAUAAAUAGCUGAUUACUGUAUUAUGUCAAAUGAGCUUUUUAUCUUCGCCCGACGUGAAGGAAUUGACCGGAUCUAACUAACUUCCACCCCCUGUGUCAACUGACAUGGCCCGACGCGGGAACUGAUGUCCAAACACGUGGUUAUGUCCCUUUCCAAGGAAACAAUCUGAGGAUGCAAAUUUUAGAAGUUUGGAUGGGUCACAUGAUCUGGUAGGAGAAGUCUGUCCGACUCGUCACAAUCAAAUAACAAUGUCAAGAUUCCCACAAGGAGCUCCGAGCCAGGGCAUGAUGAGGUCACCGCCAGAGUUCAAGAAAGUGGAGAUAACUCCGGGUACACAAGAGGAGGUGUUUGUGUCACACAUCACAGACCCAGAGCACUUCUGUGUCCAGCUGGCCAGGUGGAGUGGCGACCUUGACCACCUGAUGGAUGACCUUCACAAUGAGUACAGCCGUCUAGAAGGCAGUGCCGGCACCAUGGGGCAGCCUGUCCUUGGCAGUGCGUGUGUGGCCCAGUUCAGUGAAGAUGAGGGAUGGUACCGAGCUGUCAUAACAGGUAUUCUGAAAAGUGGAAUGGUGGAAGUGCGUUUCAUCGACUAUGGCAACUCUGAGUGCAUGUCAGCCGAGAAGGUGAAGGUCAUCCAGCCAGCCUACCUGGCCCUUCAACCAAUGGCUGUCUGCUGUGGACUGACUGGUGUGACCUGCACACAGGGCUACUGGCCACCCGAGUUCACGGCUCAGUUCGAGGAUCUCGCCCUUGACCAGUCAUUCACAGCCACAUUCAGGGGAGUAAAACCAGAGAGAGGAAUUCUUUCAGUAGAACUGGUUAGUCCUGCAGGGAAGAACAUCAAUAUAGACUUUGGGGCAAGUACAAAUACAACCUGCAUAGAGGAAGCCUCACUAGGCAGCACGAGGAAGAUACACAUCGGCCAAGGUGACGCUGACAUGAAGGUGACCUUGAACUCGCAUGGGACUCCAGCUGCUGCCCCAGUUGGUGCAGGGGGAGCAUCAUCUCAAGUCAGUAGCAGCUUCCCAGUGAGCCCCCCAACUGUGGACCUGUCCUCCGGCCAGAAUGAAGUUGUGGUGGUGUAUGCCUACAGUCCAGGCAGGUUCUGGUGCCAGCUUGUAAACUGUACAGGGAGACUAGAUCAUCUGAGCACACAGCUCAACAGGGAGUACAACCAGCUGGGUCCUGCUGAUGAUCUUGGUGUUCAGACAGCUACAGUGGGAAUGUUGUGUGCAGCCAGGUUCUCCGAGGACCUGCAGUGGUACAGAGGUGUGGUCCAGGCAGUGGACCAGGAGGAGAUUGAGGUGUAUUUCAUAGACUAUGGCAACACUGAGAAAAUUCCUCUGAGUUCUGUGAAAGAUCUAAAACCUACGUUUAGAAGUGAACCAGCUCAAGCUAUCAAAUGUAUGUUGUCCAACUUAAAGAGCAGCUCUCAAGAGUGGAGUGAUGCCUCAGCAGAGAUGUUUGAAUCACUCAGCCUGGACAAGCACCUGCUGGCUGCCCAAGAUGGGAGGACAGUGGAUGGAAGCGUUCCUGUGCGGUUAAAGGAUCCAGUGAAGAGUUUUGACAUUGCAGAGAAAAUGGCCGAAGCCAGUCAUGGGACUUUGAUUAAAAGUAACAUUCCAAGAGUGCCUGUGCAUAUAUCUAAGCAACCAACUUUUCCUAGGCCUGAUGUAACAUUGACAAGUCGAGCUGAAGUGUUUGUUUCUUGGGUUGAAAAUCCUGAAGUAUUUUGGGUGCAGUUAAGCAGCAGCCAGCCACAGUUGGACGACCUCGUGGAGAAAGUGCAAGGAAUUUACUCCACAGAGGCAACGCCCAUCAGGAGCAUCCUCCCUGGGAUGGCAGUCGUAGCCCAAUAUUCUGAAGAUGAUGCAUGGUACCGAGCGCUUGUCACCAAGAUGAGAGGCAAGAAGGUGGAUAUCUUGUUUGUGGAUUUCGGGAACAGUGACACUGUGAAUGCAGACACCUUAAAGGAGGUGUCUCCUCACAUCAGCAACACACCUAUGCAAGCCAUUCAGUGCAGUCUGAGUGGAGUCCGUCCGCUCACCUCCUCUUGGACUGAGGAUACCAAAAGUGUCCUGGAGGAUAUUACAAAAGACGGAGCUGUGUGUACCUUCCUGUCUCAACAAAAUGGAUCCUACAUGGUGAAACUGGAGGUGAACGGACACGAUGUUGGGGCAGAAAUAGUGUCUGCAGGAGUUGCCAAACAAGUUCAAGAGAGUGCCUCUGAAGUGCAGAUGUCCUCUCAAGCCAUUAUGGAGUCACCGUCAUCGGUCAUGCUGAAAUUUACUAACAGAGUGUCUCUGCAUGUAGGACAGACUGAGACGGGGUUUGUGUCACACAUUGAUUCCCUCGACAGUUUCUGGUUCCAGCCGUCAAACAAGAUGCCUGAUUUGGACCGUCUGAUGGAGGACCUUGAAGGCUUCUACUCUCAGGGCAAUGGCAUCCAGCUGCCAAACCCUCAGCCAGCAAUGGCAGCAGUUGCCAAGUACAGCGAAGACUUGUCCUGGUACCGUGCUCAGGUGCAACGUGUCGACAAGAGUGGUGUCAGUGUUCUGUUUGUGGACUAUGGUAAUUCUGAGUUGGCAAGUCCUUGUAAUGUUUGUGCAAUUGGUUCCCAGUUCCUUACCCUGCCCAUACAAGCCAUACACUGUAAGCUGGACUUGACCUGUAGCUCAGGGCCGGAGGUGGUUGACACAUUCCAUGAUCUUGUGACAGAAAGGGAAGUGCAGCUGGCCGUGACAGCCGUGGAUGGAGAUGCCCAUGUAGUGGAUGUGCUACUGUCUGGACAGUCCAUUCCUGACACCCUGAAGAAAAUGUUCCCCGCCUUACAGGUGUCUCCACCUAAAUCUGUCGGACUCUCGGCAACUAGAAGACUGGACUACACGGCGCUUAUUCGACCUACAGGAAAGACACAGCAAGUGUUUGUGUGCCUGGCAGAAAGUCCAAGCCAGUUCUAUGUACAUCUCUCUCACAUUGACAGCGAACUACAUGCAGUAAUGGAAAAACUGACUGGCAUCUAUAGUGAUGGGGCAAGCACACCUCUGGAUCAACCUCAGUGUGGUCAGCCAUGUUGUGCCCGGUACUCGGAGGAUGGAGAGUGGUACAGAGGAAGGGUCAUGUCUGUUCAGGGAGAAAAUGUAACUAUUCAUUUUGUUGACUAUGGCAAUUCGGAUGUUGUAAAGGGGGAAGAUGUUAAGAUGCUCUCUCCUAACAUGCUCUCACCUGGACCCUAUGCUCUCGAAUGUGCUCUUGAACAUGCUGACCCAGCGACAGGAGAGUGGACAGAUGAUGCUAUUGCUUACUUUGAAACAUUAACAGCAGAGAAAGAAAUUACAUGUGCCUUCAAGCAGGGCAAGGAUGUUUCAUUAAUGGUCGAUGGUGUUGACGUGCUUCAGAAGUUGCAGGAGAAAGGCUUCCUGAAAGUCGAUAUGAAUGGACCAGAAAGUAGUGAGUUGUCUCUGAUUUACAACUCACAGACCGUCCCCUCUCAACCUAAUUCCGCCUACGUGACACAUGUGGAGGAGAAUGGGGUCUUCUAUGUGCAGCUGUCAUCUGCAGAGGACCUGGUAACUGAGCUGUCGGAGAGACUUCAGGAACUGUAUAACUCUGACAACACGAGUCCACUGACCUCCAUCAUUAAGGGGAUGCCAUGUUGUGCUCGGUUCACGGCUGAUGAAGCCUGGUACAGAGCUGUCAUAGAAAGUGUACAGGGUGGAACCAUAACUGUCAGAUUUGUAGACUUUGGCAACUGUGAUACCAUAAGUAAAGAAAGUGUCAAAUCUCUUGAAGUUGACUUCUUCACAGUUCCACCGCUAGCGUUUGAGUGCAGGUUGCAGGGCGUGGCAACAUGGCAAGGCGACCAGAAGCAAAAGUUCUCUGAAGUCACUGAUGACAAGGAGCUCACAGUUCGAUUUAUCACCAAAACGGCACCAUACACAGUGGAGCUCAGCCAUGGCUCUCAGAAUGUCAUGAAGCACCUGAUGCCAGAUCUGACCUCACCUCCCAGGAGGGCUGGCUUUUCCCCAUCUCCACCCAGAUCUGAUCAUGUAUCUCCAAAGUCUUUUUCACUCCCUUCAUCACAUAACAGUCCCAAAAUGAUGCAGUCACCCAAGAAGUCAUUUGGAUCUCCUUCCUCCAAUGUUCCUACUGAGAGAAAACCUUUUGGUUCGCCACCACAAAGGGAAGAGCCUCACAAACAAGCCAGAUCAUUCGGAUCAUCACCUUCAAGGCAGGAAUCUUGGGGAAACCAGCGGAAAUCAUUCGGAUCACCUCCGGAGAGGGCCACACCAACACUUGAAAAGAUUCCUCUUGUGGAACAAGUCUAUGGAACCCAAACUGUUCCAGGUGAACAAGUUCUCACAUGCAUCUCCCACGUGGAUGGAAGUGAUAUAUAUCUUCAGCAGACCAAGGACUUAAACACAGUCCUCUCCUUUAGCAACAAGAUUGAGAAGUUACCCACUAAUACUGUGUCGCCUGCUGUAGGUGUUGCUUGUGGGGCUCUGUUCUCAGACGAUGGCACAUGGUACCGUGCACAUGUUACACAGGUGGCAGGUGACAAAGUGUCUGUUGUGUUUGUAGAUUUUGGAAACUCAGACAUUGUUGCUCCAACAAAGUUAAAGCAGCUAAGUAGAGAGCUGUUAGGUGUGGCUCCCAUGGCCUACUGUUGUCAUCUUAAUGGCAUCAAAACUCUCACAUCAGAACUCCAGAAUGUGCUAGCAGAAGAAGCUGCUGCUGAGGAACUUAGUGCCAAGUUUGUUUCUGAGGAAAUACCUUAUACUGUUGUGAUGAACACUCAAGGGGGGAAGGACCUGUCAGAAAUCCUCGUCCCAACUCAGCCUCCAGCUCAGAAAGCCCCAAGUCAACUUCAGCCAGGAGUUGUGUCAAACAUCUCCUCGGAUGGAACUUUCUUUGUGCAACUUCUCAAGGAUGAAGCAGACAUGAGGACAAUUGAAGAGGAGCUGAAAUCAGUCUAUGCAAAGGGGACAAUUGAUCAACUUGAUAUUCUACAGAAUGGACGGCCAUGUUGCGCCAGAUUCCCAGGAGAUAAUACAUGGCAGAGGGGAAUGGUGAAGGAAAUCGAUGGAAGUAGUGUUCAAGUGGAUUUCUUUGAUCUUGGUGUUUCGAAGAAAGUAAACUCAGCCUAUGUGCAGGCCAUUCCUAGAAAGUUCAUGCUUUGUGCUCCUUAUGCAUAUCAAUGUAUUCUCAAAGAUUUCACGAGCUGGACAGACGAGCAGAGGGACAAGUUUACCAGUAUGACUAACGGGAAGACAAUGAAUGUCCAGUUUUUGUCACAGACUGCACCCUAUAAAGUUGAGUUGACGAGAGAAGUGUGGGGCUUGAGCUGCUGGAGGAGAAACCAGCCCUGCAGAGAGAGCCAGUCACCUGUUCUACAGACGCCCUACCAGCACCUCCCUGUUACCCUGACCAAGAUGUUAGUGGGACUUGCUCUGUUCCUAUCAUAUAUGGAAGAGGAUGGGUCCUUCUACCUACAGUUGGCCAGGGAAGAGGAGAGCCUGACGGAGUUGACAGAAGCUCUACAGUCAGAAUAUUCAGAAUCAGGUGGAGAGAGGAUGUUCGGGCUUAAACCUGGCAUGGUUUGCUGUGCUAAGUUCACUGAAGAUAACCAGUGGUACAGGGCAGUCGUGGAGGCAGCAGCUGAGGAACAAGUCACAGUGCGCUUUGUAGAUUAUGGUAACACAGAUGUUGCCACAAUGGAGAGGCUGGCUGUGUUGACACCUAGCAACCUGUCAACCCACCCACUAGCUUAUCACUGUACCUUGGAGGGGGUGGAGACAUGGUCACAGUGUCUCAUUGAGAAGUUUGAUGGAGCUGUGAAGGAGAAGACGCUGGAGGUGAGGUUCAAGGCGUUGGCCCCGUUGUACAGAGUGGCGGUGAAGCUGGAGGAUGUGGAUGUGCUGCAGUUGCUGCAGGAGGAGAUAGCAGGAGGCAGCCAACAAUUGCCCAGUACGCUGAAGAUGGACAGUGGUAUUGGCUCACUCAAGACUGUUGGCGAGGAGACGUGCAGGGUACAGUUUGUGGAUUACGGUAACUCGGAUGAAGUGGCAAAGGCGAACAUAUACGCCAUUAAAGCUGAGCACUUGAAACUGCCUGUGCAGGCUGUCAGCUGCAAGCUGUGCGACGUGGCUGUGGUUGAAGGCAAGGAAGAUGCAGCCAUGGACACACUGUUCGAGGUCACCAAUGAGAAAACAUUGUCGCUAGAGGUUGUGCGGAAGUUGCGAGAUGAGGAUGUUCGAUACAGUGUACAAUUAUAUGAUGGGAAUGUAGAUGUGAAACAGAAGUUGUUUGAUGAUGGACUGUGUUGUGCUGUAGAGGGUGCUGAUGUAUCUCACGUAGAUAGUAACGAAGUGGAAUCACAUGUGAUGGACAGCAAUGACUCUGCUGUCCUUUCAGACUCUUCCCCAAAAGACCAAAUGUAUGAUGACAUUGAAGAAUUGGACUCGGUCCCAAACCCAUACACUUUGAUUGAACUUAAAGAGGGGCAGAGAAGCGCUGUCCAUGUCAUACAUGCUGUUACCCGUGAGUUUUACAUCCGACCUGACAGCUUGAAGCACGGUGUUGACGAGUUGAUGGAGAGUAUGUUUGAAUUUUACAAUGAUUUGGCAGAAGGUGACAUGGUGAUGGAAGCUCCACAGCCGGGCCAGAUGUGUGCAUGUCUGUGCAGUGGCGACAGUGAGGCCUGGUGCCGAGGCAAGGUGUGCUGGCUGAAAGAAGGACAAUGUAAGGUCUUCUGUGUGGAUUUUGGCACCUCAGAAACGGUGGCGUGUUCUGCUGUGAGGAAACUCCCAGGACAGUUCCAGACGUUGCCAGCACAGUCAGUUCUGUGCUCCCUGGCUGGGGUCUGUCCCACAGAGGGUUUGUGGAGUCCAGCAGCCAUAGAGCUGUUCACAGAGCUAACUGCAGACAAAACGCUGAUCAUGGACAUCUUGACGCUGAGAGAGAGUGGCAGCUGCAUUGUCCAUCUGCUGCACAUGGGGCUUGCGGUGAACCAGGUGAUACUGCAGAAGAAUGUUGGCGUUGAUCCUGCCACACCUGUGGCUGUUAGUCACAAGGUGAAGCGCAUCUUCUCAGACAGUUUGGAGACCCCUGUCAAGCUUGUACUGGAGACGGCCACUGAGGAUCUGCCUGAAUCCGAGCUAAAGGGAAACCCGAGGGAGGACAUCAUCAAGCCGACAACCUUGGAUAUAGGAGAAGAGUAUGAAGUGACUGCCAGCCACCUUGUGUCUCCAGACCAGUUCUUCUGUCAACUCACCUCCUCCGUGGCCAACCUGCAUCUCAUUGCAGAACAGAUACAGACUGCCUUCACUGAAACCUGUGAGGCGGUCAGCCAAGAACACCUGCUUGUUGGACAUGUCGGCAUGGCACGAGUCGGGGAACAGUGUUUUCGGAGCAGGCUGAUGGCAGUCAGAGAAUCUGACUGUGAUGUUCAGCUGGUGGACUGGGGAAGGACAGAAACUAUCUCUGUGUCAAAUUUCCUUGUCCUCACCCCUGACCUCACUCAGGUCCCCUGUCAGGCCUUCUGCUGUUGUCUCACUGAAAUCAGUUGUGCUGGCAAAGACUGGAGUGUAGAGAGCUGUUCUCGCUUUCAAGAACUUGUCAAGGAUACAAAACUUAUUGCAAGGGUCAUUUCUAACCUGGACAGCAGCUGUAUGGAAGUGGAUCUAUUCAGUGAUCAGAUAUCCAUAUGUCAAACCCUUGUGCAAGAACAGCUGGCAGUGAUCAAGGAAGAUGACGAAGAUGUUAUUUUACAGCGAAUUGAAGCAUUUAUUGACCCCUUCCCCAUCACAGACUUACAUAAUGCAUCUGACAAGAAAAUUAUUACUGCUGAGAGGGAGGAUGGCUUCCUGUAUCUGAAGCUGGGGAUUGAGAAAGAUUACAGCAUUGAGUUAGAUCAAGACUCCAUCUUGGAUAAGUUUGUCCUUGACCUUACAGAGGUCACCAAGCAGGUGGAGGUCAUGAUGAAGGGUAUUCAGAAGUACAUUAAUAGUGACGAGGCUACAGAGGGUGAUGGGGACUGGGAGCCUGCUUGUGACGAGCCUUGCCUGGUGGAGAAACAUGGAGAGAAUAUCUGGUACAGAGGGAAGAUGGUGGACGUGGAAGAUGCUGUGUAUAAGGUGUACUUAGUGGACUACCGAGAGAUGCUGAGCUGUGAACGGGGAAAGAUACGGAGGCUGCCCCCUCAGUUCCUCAAGGUCCCUGUGAAUGGCUUUGAGUGCCAGCUGGCUGACGUGGCACCUGUUGAUGGGGCGUGGUCACAAGAAGCCAUCACCCACUUCCAUGACAUUGCGAGUGACUUGGUAUUGGCUGCGUUCCUGGUGUCCCAGUCAGAGGAGGGGGUGCACUAUGUGCGUCUCCAUGACACCGAGGACCUUGGCAGCCCCACUGUCAACCGUCAGCUGGUGGAUCUGGGGUGUGCGCUUCCACUGCCAGGGUCGCUGGUGGAGAUGGAGUUGGAGAUGGAGGAGGCGAAUGCAGACACCAUGGAGGAGAUGGAGCAGUCCUUCAACGAUGUAUCCUACCAUCGAGAAAACUCUCUGGGGGAGGAUUCCGACUCGGAUCAUGCUGAUGACUCCCGUGACCUAGGGCUGACCUUCAACACCACUGGACACUCCAUCCUUGACCAGACAGCCAACUCCACAUAUGAACCAGACACCACCCUCGAACUAGUUGGAGGAAGCAUCUUGCUUGAUUCAGACCGGGAUACUGUAACCCCGAAACCAGGAGGUUCGGAUGACAGUGUGUUGAUGUGUGGGGAAAUAGUGGGACAGCUUCUAGAUCAGAGUGGGGACAUUGCAGAGGCUGCUGGACACAACAUUUGUCAGGGCAUCGUUGAAGACCUGGUGACUCAGAGUGAGGCUUGCCGUGAUGAGAGUGAGGCUGAUGCUGUCAAGACACGGUGUGUGGACAAAAGUGAGGGUGACAGAGAGGAGGUAGACAAGGCAGAGUCUGAACAGCUACAGGAACAGGAACAGCAGCAGCAGCAGCAGCAGCCUGAGGAAGAUGUGUCACAGGUCUCACAGGAGCAGGGGUCUGAAUGUGACACAGAACCAGUCGGGGAGACACCAGAGUCAGCUUUCAUAAAUGGGGACGAGUCAGAGGCAAAUUGUUUGGAGGAAAGAACUGAAUGUGAUUCCACCCAUGGUUCGGUACCGGCUCGAGAUGGUGGUGUAGACUCAGCAGAAGAUAGUCCUGAGGAGGAGUUCAGUGAUGCAGCAGGUGGCAGGGCUGAGGAAGUUGUUCAGAGGACUGCAGCUGAAGGCGACUCGACGGCCGAGUGUGACAAGGACGGCGACACGGCAGCAGGGAAGGAGGAGUUCAGUGAUGCAGAAGGUGGCAGGGCUGAGGAAGUUGUUCAGAGGACUGCAGCUGAAGGCGACUCGACGGCCGAGUGUGACAAGGAUGGAGACCGUCUCCUGGCAGCCGAGGAAGAUCAUUAGUGCUAUUCCACGUUUUCCUGUGUUGCUCCUGAGGGAUCUUUUAUCGGAGGAAGAAAAGCAAAACUGUUAUUUUGUCUGAUCUAAUACUGUAAUAGUCAGUGUGACUUUUUAACAAUGAUUUACACAAAUUAUAUUUCAGGAUAAUUCUUGUCUUGGGUGUCCAGAACAAAAUACCAUUGCUGUUGCCAGCUUCCAACUUGUGGGGAGAUGGGGUAGCCUAGUGAUUAAGGUGUUAGCUCGUCAUGCCAAAGACUUGGGUUCGAAUCACCACAUGGGUACUAUGUGUG